CCUGACAAAUCAACCGUGAGACCUUGAAAAAAAAAAAAAAAAACGAAGGCAAAACGUAGCGAGAGCUUGUAAACCUCCCGUUUCUUCUUGCCGUGCGUCUAACCAGCUUCCAAAUCCCUGAUUCUUCUUUCAAGUUUCCCACCACCAUUGAAACUCUAAAUCUCUUCUUCUUUCUCUGUUGAUAGCCACGAGCACCACCACUUCUAGCGGCAACUGUUCCAGGCUCCUCCAUUGAAACGCACUCUCGAGAAUGGAAGUCGAAUUAAAACCUGAACUGAAAGAGAAGGUUUCCAAUAUUUUUCAAGAUUUCUUGACUAGGGUCACAAAGCUUGAGGAACUUGCAGGUAUUGGAAGCAGAUUACUCAAUGGCUAUCAGCAAGCGCUUGAAUUUCUUCGACGACCUCCAAUAGACGGGACAUCUCAGCUAAUAAAGAAUAUUAUCAAAGCAAAUGAAACAAAAAGGGUUAAAUCUUAUAUUGAAGCUGGUUGCAUUAAUGUUCAUGAUAGCAUACAAAAUACAAACAAGUUGCAUACAUGCCUCAUCGGACUUCAUAACCAUUUAAGCAAAGCCAAGAGCUUACUAAAUGAACUUGAACAACUCUUGGAGGAUUUAUCUGGUGCAAUUCAAACUGCCAAUGGAUGUUUACCACCGUUGAAGAAUGAAGAUUGCGGUGACCAGUUGUAUCAACAAAUAACCAGUGACCAGUCAUCAUUCGAACCUGGAGAACUUGAAAUGACAAAUUAUGCUGUGUUGAUGGGUAUCAUUUACAGUAUGGUAAAGCAAGACUAUGUAAUGCAGGAGAGGAUUGUUAAUUCAUUAAAUCUCAAAUCACUGUCUGGAGAACUAGAGAGCUAUUGUGUAAUGUGGUCCUUGCGUCCUUUUAUCAUGGAUGAAGUUAUGCAUCAUGCCUGGAGACUUAUUCCUUAGCCACUGAAAGCGUUUUUGGUGUCAAUCACAGCUUAUUAGCACGGUGCACAGUUGUACAUGUGAGAGUGUACUUUUGAUAUGCAUGCUGUUCCUCCUGCUGUUUUUCUUCCGUUAUGUUUGCUUUGUUGUGGUAUGGGUGUACAUUCAAUGUCAGUUCUUUUGCUAAAGAAGGUAGCUGACCCUCUUAUCUCUUCCUUCUCUGAGCUCGGGUUAUAGAAGAAGGAGAAGAAGGAACCAAGAAGGAAGUAUCAGCAACAGCAGGUUUUAUUACGAGGCAGCUCAUGAUGUUCAUAUUGAUCUAUUAUGUGCCUCUGCAUCAAGCAUUGGUUAGACCUCAUACAAUAACUGUCCUAGCUCUACCAUAUCUUCUGUUUCAUUUCUUUUGGAAAAAUCACAAACACUUUUUUGAUUAUGGAUCUACUACUAGAAAUUCAUUGCAUCGUCUUAGCAUUCAAUGUGUAUUAUAAUCUAAUUUUUCAAUUAUUCAACUAUUUCAUUUUAUCAAGUUCAAUGUUAGUUAGAUUAGUCAACAUUUAUAUGUUUCAAUGCAACAAAAAGAUGUUAUUUAUAACAA